AUGGAUUUAAAAGCAUUGAAAGCGAUACGAACACCGUAUCGAACACUAGCUACACGCAUUUGUAAUAAAAUAGAAGAAAAACUCAAUAAUACAAGCACACCUAUUGAGGACUUUGAGGAUUUGAAAAUUCAGUUAGACGAAAAAACUGUACUUUUGAAAGAUUUAAACGAACAGAUUUUGCCUUUAACAGAUGAAAAAGAUAUUGAAAGUGAAAUUUUCGGAUGUGCAGAAUACAGUGAUAAAAUGCAUAAAUAUUACGGCGAAAGAGAUAAAUAUUUAAACUUUUGGAGACAGUUUGAAAAUGCAGUUCACAAAAACCCUACGUUAACAGAUGUUGACCGAUUUUCUUAUCUAAAAUCGCUACUUGGUGGUUCAGCUGCAAAUGCAGUUAGCGGGUUUGCGUUGACGGCGGAAAACUAUAAGAUUGCAAUUGAAAUUUUUCAAUCCCGUUUCGGAAGACAUUCUGAUUUAGUCCAAGCUCACUUGAACAAUUUGUUAAAUAUUCAAGGUGUAAAAAAUUCUAGGGAUUUAUAUGCAUUACGUGCUCUUUAUGAUAAAUGCAUUGUUGAAAUUAGAAGUCUGGAAUCGCUUAAUGUUGCUGCUGACACGUAUAGUACUCUACUUUGCCCUUUAAUCUUAAAGGUUCUUCCGUCUGAUUUAACCCUCAGAUUUACGCGAGAACAAUCUCAGAAGACAAAUUUGAGUGUUCAAGACUUAAUGGAGUUUAUUAGAGCAGAAAUUGAGACUAAAGAACGAGUUUACGCAAUACAAAAAGCAGAAACCCAAUUUCCCCAUGGUCAAAAUAUUCCAAACUUAGAAAAGAAUAAAUUUGCCUUUAAUAAAUCGAAGAAUUUUUCUAAAAAACCAUUUCAUAAAAGAAAUAUUACAAACACCCCUUCAGCAGUUGAACUCUUGACGCCUCUCGAUAAAUGUUGUAUGUUUUGUUCGAAUUUAGAUCAUGAUAGUGAAAGUUGUUGCUCUUUAACUGUUGACGAAAAAAGAGCAAUUUUGAAACGUACCGGAAGGUGUUUUCUUUGCUUGCAAUCAUUUCAUAGAAUGAUAGACUGCCCUAAAAGUGAUAAAUCAUGCACAUUUUGUACAAAGAAACACAAUGUUACUUUAUGUUAUAGGAAAGAAAAUUUUAAGGAUAAGGUACAUGUUAAUUCUAAUAAAGUUGAAAACUUUGUUUCAAAUCAUGUAAUCGAGGGUCAUAAUAGAAUUUCACUUCAAACUGCACCCUUGGAAUUAGGGGGUAAGGAUUCCAAUAAGGUUUUACAUUGCCUUCUUGACACGGGUAGUGAAAAAACUUUUAUCCGGAAAGAUAUUUCUAGAUCCUUGAAGUUACGUGUAUUAGGAAAAGAAGAGUUGUUAAUUCAUACGUUUGGGUCGAAAAUUCCUCGUCGUCGCGUUUGUCCUCGAGUAGAAGUCAAAACAAAAAAUAAAUUGGAUUGUACGGAAUUUAAAAUUGAAGCUUUUGAGAUUGACGAAAUUACUCAUGCUACUUUAGAGUCAUCCCCCGCAGAGGUAUAUGAGGAGCUGAAAUCUAAGGGGAUAUUGUUAGCCGACGUUUGUGAUAAUGCUAUACGGGGUAAAGGCAUUUCUUUGCUCAUAGGUGCUGACAAUUAUUGGAAAAUUUUUACGGGGAAAAUUGAACGCUUGAAUUUCGCUUUGGUAGCAACUGAAACCAAGUUAGGUUGGCUUUUAAUGGGAAAGUUAAAAGAAGAUAAGACUGAUUUUGAAUUAGUAAAUAAAACUUUUGGCGCGCUUUCUAUUUCAUCUCUGUUUGUCCACUCUCCUAACAUAGAAAACUUAUGGAGAUCGGAUGCUUUGGGAAUUCGUGACCCUACAGAGAGUAAAAAUCUAGAGCACGAUGCGUUAGAUACUUUCGAGAAAACUGUUCGAAUUAAUGAUGAAGGGCGCUAUGAAAUCAGGCUUCCUCGACUUGAAGGGUUCGAAGAUUUAGACAGUAAUCUAGAAACAGCAAAACAAAGAUGCAGGUCUACUACAAACAAAUUGCUUCGAGAAAACAAGUAUUUUGAGUACUACGCAGUAUUCAAGGAAUGGUUAGAAGAAAGAAUCAUUGAGGCAGUACCUUUAAGGGAAAUAGAUAAACCAGCUCAUUAUUUACCUCACAGAGGCGUUUACAAAGAACAUUCGACUACGAAAGUACGUCCAGUGUUUGAUGCCAGUUGUAAAACUAAACAAAUGCGGUCUAUUAAUGACUUUCUGCUAAAAGGUCCGAAUCUCUUGGAACAAAUCCCUCCUCUUUUGAUUAAAUUUCGUAAAGAUAAGAUAGGCGUAACUUCGGAUAUCAAGAAAGCAUUUUUACAGAUCUCUGUUGCCAAAGAAGAUCGUGAUUUCCUACGGUUCUUAUGGUGGGAAAAUAUUGAGGAACGUGAAUUUCGAACAUUUCGUCAUAAUCGUCUGGUUUUCGGACUAAAUUGCAGUCCGUUUCUUCUCUCGUCGGUUUUAAACCACCUCAUUGUGACUUAUUCCUCUCAAUUUCCGGAGACUUGCAACAUUUUAAGAAAUGCGUUGUAUGUGGACAAUUGUGUUACAUCCGUUCCAGACGAGAAAAAACGGAAUCAGUUUAUUCAUGAAUCAACUUAUUUGAUGAAUGCGGGCUGUUUUGACCUAAGAGGGUGGGAGUAUACCACUCAAAAUUUUGAAGAAAAAUCUGAACCUAUCGCAGUACUUGGAUUGCUCUGGGACAAACAUGCAGAUGUUUUAUUUUGUCAGAUAAAGAACUUGGAUUUGGAUUCCUUAGAAAUUACUCGUAGAAAUAUAUUGUCGAUUGUUCACAAGAUUUUUGAUGUAAUAGGUAUUUUGUGCCCAACUACAUUGAUUCCAAAGCUUAUACUUCAAAAAAGCUGGGGUUUAAAACUGGGGUGGGAUACACCACUACCGGAUGAGUUUAAAAUCGAAUUUAAAGCAUGGGCCAAAGAUUUACAGUUGCUUUCGGAAGUUCGAGUUCCAAGAUACAUUAAUACAUUUGAAUCGGCUGAACUUUCUUUACACACAUUUUGUGAUGGAAGUAAAAGUGCAUAUAGUGCAGUAGUAUUUCUUAGGUCAGGUCAGUAUGGUAACGUUUACGUGCAAUUAGUACGGGCGAAAAGUCGUGUCGCUCCAUUGCGUAAAACUACCAUUCCACGAACGGAGUUGCUGGGAUGUUGUAUUGGGACUCGUUUGGCCUUUUCUACCCUACAAGCACUCAACAUUCCAAAUCUUCAAAGCUACUUUUGGACUGAUUCGUCUACAGCUUUGACGUGGAUUAAGAAAAAUGAGCCAUGGGGAGUUUUUGUUGAAUUUAGAGUUAAAGAAAUUCGAAAACUAGUUCCUGAGGGUGUAUGGGGGCUAGUUCCUAGCGCUUUGAACGCGGCUGAUUUGCCCUCAAGAGGGUGCUCAAUUAAAACGCUUAUCAAAUCCGACUGGUGUUCGGGUCCAAACUGGCUGAAAAAGAACAUUGAGGACUGGCCGGACACGAAACUAAAGCUAGAUGAGGAAGAAAUAUCGUGUGAGAGAAGGAAACAAGUUAUUCAGGCUGUUACCAGCACUUCUCAAGAACGAUGGUAUUUAAGAUAUUUUUCCAAGUAUUUUAUGAUCGUUAGAAUGAUAUCCUGGAUAAUUAGGUUUGUUAUAAAUUGCAAAACACCGAAAACUAAAUUGACAGGGGAACUGACUGUUAAUGAAAUCGAUGUGGCAGAAAAGAAAUUGUGGAAAAUCGUCCAAGAGGAAACAUUUAUUAAGAAUGUUAAACUUAAAAACCUCUGUACUUUUGUUGACCAAGACGGCUUGAUAAGGCUAAAAACCAAGAUAAUUAGAAGAGAGGAUGAUGAAUAUUUUCGAUGCCCUAUCUUGUUGCCCUCUGACCACAAGUUAGUGGAAUAUUUAAUUAUUGAUUAUCACCAACGUUUUUCUCAUGCUGGUGUACAAUUUGUGCUUUGUAAUAUUCGACAGAAAUUUUGGAUUUUGCGAGGUAAGAAAACAGUGCAUCGGGUGUUGAACAAGUGUAUUCGAUGUAAACGGUACAAAGUACAACAUCCAGAAACUGUACCAUCUCCCCUUCCCGAUGAUCGAAUAAGAGAAGCCUUAGUCUUUGAAGUCACUGAUAUCGAUGUAGCAGGCCCCCUUUACUUAAAGAAAGGAAAAAAGGUAUGGAUUUUGCUAUUUACCUGCGCUGUUUAUCGUGCGGUCCAUCUUGAGCUUAUCGAUAGUAUGUCGACAGACGUAUUCCUACUCGGUCUCCGCAGAUUCAUUGCUAGAAGGGGACGACCGAAAGUUAUAUAUAUAGAUAACGGAACUAACUUUGUUGGUGCGGAUCAUCUCUUGAAAUCCGUAGAUUGGAGACAGAUUGAAUGCGAUUCUUCAGUUUCAAGAAUUCAGUGGAAAUUCAAUCCCCCAACUGAAUGUUGGUGGGGUAGAUGGUGGGAGAGAUUAGUACAAAUGGUCAAAAAAUUGUUGAGAAAUAUUUUAGGAAAGAGUUGCGUAUCCUACGAGGAAUUGUUUACAAUUUUAUGUGAUGUCGAGUCCGUGAUCAACGGAAGACCGUUAACUUGUGUGUCCGAAGAUCCGAAUGAUCUUGUCAAUCUCACACCAUCGAUGUUUUUGCAAGACAUAUCGCAAGUUGGAGUUCCAGACUUGGAUCAUCUUGAUGCAGUUAAUUUGAAUAAAAGACAUCAGUUUCUACAACAUUUGAGGCAACAGUUUCGCAAAAGAUUUCCUGACGAAUAUCUUUCUCUACUGAUACAACGAUCACCUAAGCGUCUGCCAAAAUCUGUGCAAAAGAAUGACUUAGUUCUAAUAGGAAGCGAUCAAAAGAAGAGAAUCGACAGGCCAAUGGCUCGAGUCAUUGAUACUCUUCCAGGGAAGGAUAACGAAGUACGCGUUGUGAGACUGAAAACUUCCACGGGUGAGCUUACGAGACCCGUGAAACGCGUGUUUCCAUUGGAAAUAAGUGAUGAACUCACAAUUUCUGAGUUGAAGACUAAUCAAACGGACAUUCAUAAGUCGAGAUUACCUAGAACGUCUAGAUUUGGACGUGUUUUAAAACAACCUGUUCGAGAUUAA